AUGCAAUCUGUGGGGCUUUCUGCAAAUAGAAAGGUCAUGCAGCUCAGCAUCGGUGAGCCAUUCCAGUCUCUCAGUCAUCAGAGAAAUGAUGAAGAGGCAGUAGUGGACAGGGGUGGAACACGCUCCAUUCUCAAAACCCAUUUUGAAAAAGAAGACUUGGAAGGUCACAGAACUUUGUUCAUUGGUGUUCAUGUGCCACUGGGUGGAAGGAAAAGUCAUCGACGUCAUAGGCACCGUGGACACAAACACAGGAAGAGAGACAGAGAACGAGAUUCAGGGUUAGAAGAUGGGAGAGAGUCACCUUCAUUUGACACACCUUCACAGAGGGUACAAUUUAUUCUUGGAACAGAAGACGAUGAUGAAGAGCACAUCCCGCAUGACCUGUUCACUGAGCUUGAUGAAAUUUGUUGGCGUGAAGGGGAGGAUGCCGAGUGGAGGGAGACAGCCAGGUGGUUGAAAUUUGAAGAAGAUGUUGAAGAUGGAGGGGAGAGGUGGAGUAAACCAUAUGUUGCCACUCUGUCACUUCAUAGUUUGUUUGAACUGAGAAGUUGUAUCCUCAACGGCACUGUGCUGUUAGACAUGAGAGCAAAUUCUUUAGAAGAAAUUGCAGACAUGAUCCUCGAUCAGCAAGUAAGCUCAGGACAGCUCAGCGAAGAUGUUCGUCACAGAGUACACGAAGCGUUACUCAAGCAGCACCAUCACCAGAAUCAGAAGAAGCUAAGCAAUAGGAUCCCUAUAGUGAGAUCCUUUGCUGAUAUUGGGAAGAAACAGUCUGAACCUCAUUCCAUGGACAAAAAUGCAGGUCAGAUUGUUUCCCCACAGUCUGCACCAGCCAGCCUUGAAAUCAAAAAUGAUGUAAGCAGAGAAAACAGCUCAGUCGACUUUAGCAAGGGACUAGGAGACCAGCAGAAAGGGCAUAACAGUAGUCUAUUUGGGAUGAAACAAAGACAUGAAAAAGGACAUCCGCAUCAGGAAGAGAGAGAGAGAGAGGUGGACCUACAUUUUAUGAAAAAGAUUCCUCCUGGAGCUGAAGCCUCAAACAUUCUGGUUGGGGAGCUGGAAUUCUUGGACAGGGCUGUCGUUGCUUUUGUAAGACUGGCCCCCGCAGUGCUGCUUUCUGGACUAGCAGAAGUUCCAAUCCCAACAAGAUUUUUAUUUGUUCUCCUGGGACCAAUAGGAAAAAGCCAGCAGUACCAUGAAAUUGGCAGGUCAAUUGGAACAUUAAUGACCGAUGAGGUGUUUCAUGAUGUUGCGUAUAAAGCUAAAGACCGCAAUGACUUGGUUGCUGGGAUUGAUGAAUUUCUUGAUCAGGUGACUGUUCUCCCUCCUGGAGAAUGGGACCCAACAAUUCGUAUUGAACCUCCCAAAAAUGUUCCUUCUCAGGAGAAACGUAAGAUUCCAGGUGUGCCAAAUGGAACUGCAGCUCAUGGUGACCCGGAGCCACUUGGAGGUCACUCUGGUCCAGAAUUACAGCGUACUGGAAAGCUUUUUGGGGGCCUGAUUUUAGAUAUCAAGAGGAAAGCUCCAUUCUUCUUGAGUGAUUUCACAGAUGCAUUCAGCUUACAAUGUCUGGCAUCAUUUUUGUUCCUCUACUGUGCUUGUAUGUCUCCUGUUAUCACAUUUGGCGGUCUGCUGGGAGAAGCAACUGAAGGUCGUAUAAGUGCAAUAGAAUCUUUGUUUGGUGCGUCGAUGACUGGUAUAGCCUACUCACUCUUUGGUGGGCAGCCUCUUACCAUUCUAGGUAGCACGGGGCCAGUCUUGGUGUUUGAAAAGAUAUUAUUCAAAUUUUGCAAGGAAUAUGGAUUAUGUUACCUUUCUUUGCGGGCGAGCAUUGGCUUAUGGACGGCCACCCUCUGCAUUAUUCUUGUGGCGACUGACGCCAGUUCCCUAGUGUGCUACAUCACUCGAUUUACAGAAGAAGCUUUUGCAUCCCUCAUCUGCAUCAUUUUCAUUUACGAGGCCUUAGAGAAGCUCUUUCAUCUCAGCGAGACAUAUCCAAUUAACAUGCAUAAUAGUUUGGAGCUACUGACACAAUACUCGUGUAACUGUGUAGAGCCAGAAAAUCCCAGCAAUAACACUCUGCAAUAUUGGCAGUCUAAGAAUAUCUCCUCCUCUGAUGUACCUUGGGGAAACCUGACUUUGUCACAAUGUAGGUGGUAUCAAGGGAAAUUUAUAGGACGAGCCUGUGGACAUGAUGGUCCUUACGUCCCAGAUGUUCUCUUCUGGUCAGUCAUCUUAUUCUUUUCUACAGUUACAAUGUCAUCCACGCUGAAGCAGUUCAAGACCAGUCGCUAUUUCCCAACCAAGGUACGGUCCGUAGUGAGUGACUUUGCUGUCUUUCUCACCAUCCUAUCCAUGGUUUUAAUAGACUAUGCCCUUGGGAUUCCAUCUCCAAAACUUCAAGUUCCCAAUGCUUUUAAGCCAACCAGAGAUGAUCGUGGCUGGUUUGUCACACCUUUGGGACCCAAUCCUUGGUGGACCGUGUUAGCUGCUGGAAUUCCAGCUCUCCUUUGUACUAUUCUGAUAUUUAUGGACCAGCAGAUUACAGCUGUUAUAAUAAACAGAAAAGAACAUAAGCUAAAGAAAGGCUGUGGCUACCACCUUGACUUGCUGAUGGUCGCCCUCAUGCUCGGCGUCUGUUCUAUUAUGGGGCUCCCCUGGUUUGUUGCUGCCACGGUCCUCUCCAUUUCUCACGUGAACAGCUUAAAGCUAGAGUCCGAAUGCUCUGCUCCAGGAGAACAGCCCAAAUUUCUUGGCAUCAGGGAGCAAAGGGUGACAGGACUCAUGAUCUUUGUACUUAUGGGCUCAUCUGUUUUUUUGACCAGUGUUCUUAAGUUUAUUCCCAUGCCAGUGCUUUAUGGUGUAUUCCUUUACAUGGGUGCCUCUUCUCUCAAAGGAAUUCAGCUCUUUGACAGAAUCAAGUUAUUCUGGAUGCCCGCAAAACACCAGCCGGAUUUCAUCUAUCUGAGGCAUGUUCCUCUUCGGAAAGUCCAUCUCUUCACAGUAAUCCAGCUGAGCUGUCUUGUGCUGCUGUGGAUUAUCAAGGUCUCCAGAGCUGCCAUAGUGUUUCCUAUGAUGGUUUUAGCAUUGGUGUUUGUCAGAAAACUCAUGGACUUAUUUUUUACCAAACGAGAACUAAGCUGGUUGGAUGAUUUGAUGCCAGAAAGCAAGAAAAAGAAGCUGGAAGAUGCUGAAAAAGAGGAGGAGCAAAGUAUGCUGGCAAUGGAGGAAGAAGGUACUGUCCAGUUACCACUAGAAGGACACUACAGAGAUGACCCAUCCGUAAUCAAUAUUUCUGAUGAAAUGGCAAAAACAGCGGUGUGGAAGACACUACUGAUAUCAUCAGAAAAUAACAAGGAAAAGGAGUCCAGCUUUCCUUCUAAAAGCACUGAAAGCCAACAAGAGAAGAAAGCUGACUCAGGGAAAGGUGUGGACCGUGAAACUUGCCUAUGA